AUGACGUCCAAAACCUCCCUCACCCUCGCCCAGCGCCAACGAGUCGCCCAAGACACGAUUAAGCGCUCGCCCCAGAUCAUCGCCGAACACGCCAGUGCCGGCGGUAAUGAGGGACCUCUCCGAAGCGCCACAGCCGAUUCCACAUUCAUUUCUGAACAACUUCCUUCAUUGGACCAGUCCAAGUGUCCGAAUGCACCAGAGAGCCAGGUGCAGUUGGUCAAUUCGGACGCGUUUACGGCUGCUAGGCGCUUGAUUGAGGAGGUUCCUGAGGCGCAUGGGAGUGUUGCGGUGUUGAACUUGGCUAGUGAUGUGUAUAGAGCUGGGGGGUGGGUACAGACGUUGUCGAAGACUCAGGAAGAAGCGCUCUGCUACUCCUCUACGCUCUACGAAACACUGAAAGAGUCGUACUACCCCUGGCCAAACGUCGGACCCGGCUCCGUCGCAGGCGUCUUCUCCCCAGGUGUAGUCAUCUUCAAAGACGACCUCGACAACGGCUGCGGAGAACUCCCCGCUGCAGACCGCCGCAUCGUCUCCGUGAUCACAGUCGCUGCGCCGCGGAACCGCCUACUAACAGAAGACGGGGAGAACUUUCAGAAUCCUUCCGUACUCGAAGAUCUACAAGGCAAGAUCCGCCUUGUCUACCGGAUGGCUGCGCAUCAUGGGCAGCAAUACCUCAUUCUUGGCGCGAUGGGAUGCGGUGCAUACCGCUGUCCCCCCAAACUCGUCGCAACCCAGAUGAAAGAAAUCCUUCUCGAACCAGAAUUCAACGGGUGGUUCAAAUGGGUCAUCUUCGCGAUCUACAGUCGACCAGAUAACGGACCUACCAACUUUGACAUCUUCUCCGAGAUUUUCAAAGACACCACAAUCGGGAAGAAAGAAUUGAUUUAA